AUGACGACAAGCGAAGAUCACGUAAGAGAUGCAGAGCUCCAAUAUCUCGUCAAUCCUUUGAACGGCAGCCAUUUAUCAGACGGCAUUGACGGAUCAAGUCAUGAUAAUCGCCCACCUAUCCCGGGACCAAGUUGCGAAAUCUACACCUUCACCGACGAAGUUAUCGUCCCCUCAAUAGCACCAAAAUCUCACCCUUAUCUCCUCGUCAACAUCGGCUCAGGAGUAUCAUUUUUCCAAGUCUCAGAAAACAGCCAAUGUCAGCGCAUCUCAGGCUCCUCAUUCGGCGGAUCAGCAUUAUGCGGCUUGCUCCUUCUACUCACGAGAGCCCGCACAUAUGACGAUAUGCUUGAACAAGCUGAGAAGGGUAACAACGCCAAUGUCGAUAAACUGAUUGGUGACAUUUAUGGGAUGGAUUACAACAGAAUCGGUAUGAAGAUGACAGCUGUUGCUUCAACUUUCUGUAAAGCCUUCAGCUUAGAGCAUAGACCUGACGCCGAGACUCAAGAGGCGGAAAAUCCCGUGCGGGAUAUCAAGUCGUUCUCGGAUGCGGAUAUCUGCCACUCUUUGGUCUUUGCAGUUUUUAACAACAUUGGUCAACUAGCCACGUUACAUAGCCGCAUCCAUGGAAACCCGGAUAUUUACUUCACUGGACCUUAUGUGCAGAACUGCCAGCUGCUCAUCAGAACCUUGUGCAUUGCAGUGCGCUAUUAUUCCCAAGGAGAGAAGAAAGCACAUGUUGUUGUCAACCAAGGCGAUUCGACUGCUUAA